CUAAUAUAUUGUGACUUGUGGUUUCUUUUAAUUUGUUCUACGUAAACGUUCGAUCGUGGUUGAACUAUAAUUUGCAAAUUUUAUUUUCUACUCAUCGCGUGUAGAAUUAUAUAUUUUUUUAAACUAAAUCGUUGUACACUCUACUAGAACAUUAUAUUUAGGUUAUUGGUCGAAAUUUGUUUAGCGCAGAUUUGAAUCGAUCACAGCAGAAUAUUAACGGAUAUCCGGCGCCUCCAUACACGUUGUCUCUACCACUCUAGGGAAUAGAGCCCGUCGCAGCGUUUCUUUCUUUUCUGAACAGGCGCAGUCCGAGACAACUCGCAAAAGGAGUAGAAGGCUCCUACAUAACCUGUCACUACCAAUAAAUUGUAUGAGUCAGAAGGUAGAAAAACCAGUAUUAUCGGGUCAACGGAUCAAGACCAGAAAAAGAGAUGAGAAAGAGAAGUACGACCCGAACGGGUUCCGCGACGCGCUCGUGCAGGGACUUGAGCGCGCGGGCGGCGACCUCGAGGCGGCGUACAAGUUCCUAGACGCCGCCGGCUCCAAGCUCGACUACCGGCGCUAUGGCGAGGUCAUCUUCGACGUGCUCAUCGCCGGCGGCUUGCUGCUGCCCGGCGGUGGCGUGUCGAUGGACGGCGAGACUCCCAAGACGAACACUUGCAUCUUCAACGCCAGUGAGGACAUGGAAUCCAUGCGCAAUUUCGAACAGGUAUUUGUGAAGCUGAUGCGCCGAUACAAAUAUCUGGAGAAAAUGUUUGAGGAAGAGAUGAAAAAGGUGCUGGUGUACUUGAAGGGUUUCGAGCCGGCCCAGCGCAUCAAGCUGGCCCGCAUGACCGCGCUCUGGAUCGGUAACGGGUGCGUACCGCCGUCGGUGCUGCUGGUGAUGCUGAACGAGCACAUCGUGAAGGACAACCUCGCGCUGGACUUCGUGCUGGAGGUGUUCGCCUGCGUCAAGCAGGAGCGCGGCACCGCCUCGCUCGUCACCGCGCUCAAGAAGGGCCAGCUCGAGGGCAGGUUGCUGGAGUUCCUGCCGCUGAACCGGCGCACGGAGGAGGUGCUGGCGGCCGCCUUCGCCACGCGCGGCCUGGCCGAGCUGCUGCGCCUGCACCGCGCGCAGGCCUCGCAGGAGGCGCGGCGGGAGCUGACGCGGGCCCUGGAGGACGAGCUGGCGGACGACAAGCCGGUGCGGGACCUCAUCCAGGAGCUGCGCGACAUGGCCGUCAAGCACGCCAUCCCCGACCACGAGGUCGUGGCCAUCGUGAGUACUGACCACACUGACGCGGUGCUGGAGGACGAGCUGGCGGACGACAAGCCGGUGCGGGACCUCAUCCAGGAGCUGCGCGACAUGGCCGUCAAGCACGCCAUCCCCGACCACGAGGUCGUGGCCAUCGUGAGUACUGACCACACUGACGCGGUGCUGGAGGACGAGCUGGCGGACGACAAGCCGGUGCGGGACCUCAUCCAGGAGCUGCGCGACAUGGCCGUCAAGCACGCCAUCCCCGACCACGAGGUCGUGGCCAUCGUGAGUACUGACCACACUGACGCGGUGCUGGAGGACGAGCUGGCGGACGACAAGCCGGUGCGGGACCUCAUCCAGGAGCUGCGCGACAUGGCCGUCAAGCACGCCAUCCCCGACCACGAGGUCGUGGCCAUCGUGAGUACUGACCACACUGACGCGGUGCUGGAGGACGAGCUGGCGGACGACAAGCCGGUGCGGGACCUCAUCCAGGAGCUGCGCGACAUGGCCGUCAAGCACGCCAUCCCCGACCACGAGGUCGUGGCCAUCGUGAGUACUGACCACACUGACGCGGUGCUGGAGGACGAGCUGGCGGACGACAAGCCGGUGCGGGACCUCAUCCAGGAGCUGCGCGACAUGGCCGUCAAGCACGCCAUCCCCGACCACGAGGUCGUGGCCAUCGUGAGUACUGACCACACUGACGCGGUGCUGGAGGACGAGCUGGCGGACGACAAGCCGGUGCGGGACCUCAUCCAGGAGCUGCGCGACAUGGCCGUCAAGCACGCCAUCCCCGACCACGAGGUCGUGGCCAUCGUGAGUACUGACCACACUGACGCGGUGCUGGAGGACGAGCUGGCGGACGACAAGCCGGUGCGGGACCUCAUCCAGGAGCUGCGCGACAUGGCCGUCAAGCACGCCAUCCCCGACCACGAGGUCGUGGCCAUCGUGAGUACUGACCACACUGACGCGGUGCUGGAGGACGAGCUGGCGGACGACAAGCCGGUGCGGGACCUCAUCCAGGAGCUGCGCGACAUGGCCGUCAAGCACGCCAUCCCCGACCACGAGGUCGUGGCCAUCGUGAGUACUGACCACACUGACGCGGUGCUGGAGGACGAGCUGGCGGACGACAAGCCGGUGCGGGACCUCAUCCAGGAGCUGCGCGACAUGGCCGUCAAGCACGCCAUCCCCGACCACGAGGUCGUGGCCAUCGUGAGUACUGACCACACUGACGCGGUGCUGGAGGACGAGCUGGCGGACGACAAGCCGGUGCGGGACCUCAUCCAGGAGCUGCGCGACAUGGCCGUCAAGCACGCCAUCCCCGACCACGAGGUCGUGGCCAUCGUGAGUACUGACCACACUGACGCGGUGCUGGAGGACGAGCUGGCGGACGACAAGCCGGUGCGGGACCUCAUCCAGGAGCUGCGCGACAUGGCCGUCAAGCACGCCAUCCCCGACCACGAGGUCGUGGCCAUCGUGAGUACUGACCACACUGACGCGGUGCUGGAGGACGAGCUGGCGGACGACAAGCCGGUGCGGGACCUCAUCCAGGAGCUGCGCGACAUGGCCGUCAAGCACGCCAUCCCCGACCACGAGGUCGUGGCCAUCGUGAGUACUGACCACACUGACGCGGUGCUGGAGGACGAGCUGGCGGACGACAAGCCGGUGCGGGACCUCAUCCAGGAGCUGCGCGACAUGGCCGUCAAGCACGCCAUCCCCGACCACGAGGUCGUGGCCAUCGUGAGUACUGACCACACUGACGCGGUGCUGGAGGACGAGCUGGCGGACGACAAGCCGGUGCGGGACCUCAUCCAGGAGCUGCGCGACAUGGCCGUCAAGCACGCCAUCCCCGACCACGAGGUCGUGGCCAUCGUGAGUACUGACCACACUGACGCGGUGCUGGAGGACGAGCUGGCGGACGACAAGCCGGUGCGGGACCUCAUCCAGGAGCUGCGCGACAUGGCCGUCAAGCACGCCAUCCCCGACCACGAGGUCGUGGCCAUCGUGAGUACUGACCACACUGACGCGGUGCUGGAGGACGAGCUGGCGGACGACAAGCCGGUGCGGGACCUCAUCCAGGAGCUGCGCGACAUGGCCGUCAAGCACGCCAUCCCCGACCACGAGGUCGUGGCCAUCGUGAGUACUGACCACACUGACGCGCUGCUGGAGGACGAGCUGGCGGACGACAAGCCGGUGCGGGACCUCAUCCAGGAGCUGCGCGACAUGGCCGUCAAGCACGCCAUCCCCGACCACGAGGUCGUGGCCAUCAUUUGGACGUGCGUCAUGAACCGCGGCGAAUGGAACAAGAAGGAGGAGCUGCUGGCGGAGCAGGCGGCCAAGCAUCUGCGGCACUACACGCCGCUGCUGGCCGCUUUUGCUCAGUCUGCUAAGGCGGAGAUCGCGCUGCUCACCAAGGUGCAAGAAUACUGCUACGAGAACAUGAGCUUCAUGCGCGCGUUCAGCAAGCUGGUGCUGAUGCUGUACAAGAGCAACGUGCUCUCCGAGGAGGCCAUCCUCAAGUGGUACCGCGACCCCAACUCCAGCAAGGGCAAGCUCAUGUUCCUCGAUCAAAUGAAGAAGUUCGUCGAGUGGCUGCAGAGCGCUGAGGAAGAAUCCGAGAGUGGAGAGGAAGAAGAUUAGAGUAAGCGCAGCGUGAGACUGACUCCGACGCGCCGACCGGCGCACACAGAUAAUAAGCGUACUAUGAAUAAUAACAUAUAAUAAUUAAACUAAUUGUUGAACACCGACAGUAGGGGACGAUGUUUUCUACACUGUAUAUUCAUUUCUAAAGUAACAUGUUGAAAUACAAUAUUUUUUAUUCAAUUUUUUUAGGAAAAUUCCAAUAAAUGGUGGUAACACUC